CCAAACCAAAAAAAAGAAAAGAAAAAACAAAACAAAACAAAUCGUUUGAUUCUUCUCCUUCCUUUCUACGCCAGGAAACACACAGUGCCGCUGCCGCUACCGCCGUCGCCGCCGCCGUCGACUUUAUGGAUAAUAUGAUGGAGGUAGAUGAUGAUUAUGUUGAGUAUAUCCCGGUGGCAAAGCGCCGGGCUGCCGAGGCCCAGAAAAUAUUGCAAAGGAAAGGUAAAUCUUCUUCCCUUGAGGAAGAGGAAGCCGAACAAUCCAAGCUUGUAGAAGCAAAACCUAGUCUUCUUGAACAGGCUACUCAAUUGAAGAAAGACCAACCCGAGAUAAGCCCAACUGAGCAGAUUGUGCUACUGGAGAAGGAAAUGAUUGAAAACCUAGCUGAUCGGAAAAAGUUGCAGUCUGUCCGUGAGUUGGCCAAAGGUAUUACCUACAAUGAACCCUUGUUUACUGGUUGGAAACCGCCAUUAGAUAUUAGGAUGAUGUCGAAGAAAGCAUGUGAUAAGAUUAGGAAACUAUGGCAUAUUAUUGUUGAAGGUGAAGAUAUCCCUCCUCCGAUUAAGAAUUUUAGGGACAUGAGAUUUCCUGAACCUAUUCUCAAGAAGCUUAAAGAGAAGGGGAUUGUUCAACCAACUCCUAUUCAAGUUCAAGGUCUUCCAGUUAUUUUGUCAGGGAGAGACAUGAUUGGGAUUGCAUUUACGGGUUCUGGUAAGACUUUGGUGUUUGUUUUGCCCCUCAUCAUGAUAGCGUUACAAGAGGAAAUAAUGAUGCCAAUUGCUCCUGGAGAAGGACCGUUUGGUUUGGUUGUCUGCCCUUCUCGUGAGCUCGCCAGGCAGACAUAUGAAGUUGUGGAGCAGUUUCUUGCUCCCAUGAGAGAGUAUGGGUUUCCGGAGAUUAGGCCGUUGCUUUGUAUCGGUGGGGUUGAUAUGAAAUCUCAGCUGGACAUUGUGAAGAAAGGAGUUCAUAUAGUGGUUGCUACACCUGGGAGGCUCAAAGAUAUGCUUGCAAAGAAGAAGAUGAAUCUUGAUAGUUGCAGGUACUUGACAUUAGAUGAGGCAGAUCGAUUGGUAGAUCUUGGAUUUGAAGACGACAUUAGAGAAGUAUUUGAUCACUUUAAAGCUCAACGUCAAACUCUCCUAUUUUCAGCCACGAUGCCCGCAAAAAUCCAGGUGUUUGCCAGAAGUGCACUGGUUAAGCCAAUUACUGUGAAUGUUGGAAGGGCUGGAGCUGCAAAUCUGGAUGUGAUACAAGAGGUGGAGUACGUUAAACAAGAGGCUAAAAUAGUCUACCUUCUUGAAUGCUUGCAGAAGACCCCGCCGCCUGUUCUAAUCUUCUGUGAGAACAAAGCUGAUGUUGAUGACAUUCAUGAGUAUCUCCUUUUAAAGGGAGUUGAAGCAGUGGCAAUUCAUGGUGGAAAGGAUCAAGAAGAGAGAGAGUAUGCCAUUAAGUCCUUUAAAGAAGGGAAGAAAGAUGUGUUGGUCGCAACUGAUGUUGCUUCAAAAGGUUUAGACUUUCCGGAUAUUCAGCAUGUCAUCAACUAUGAUAUGCCAGCAGAAAUCGAGAAUUAUGUUCACAGGAUAGGCCGAACAGGAAGAUGUGGGAAGACGGGAAUUGCAACUACCUUUAUCAACAAAAAUCAAAGUGAAACCACUCUUCUGGAUUUGAAGCAUUUGUUACAAGAAGCGAAGCAAAGGAUACCACCAGUUCUAGCGGAAUUGAAUGAUCCAAUGGAAGAUGCAGAUGCAAUCGCAAAUGCUAGCUUGGUCAAAGGAUGUGCUUACUGUGGUGGGCUUGGUCAUCGUAUUCGUGACUGCCCCAAGUUGGAGCACCAAAGAAGUCAGCAAAUUGCAAAUUCAAGACGAGACUACUUUGGGUCUGGUGGUUAUCGAGGUGAAAUUUGAGUUGUCCUCAUGGCAAAUGUGCUUCAACAUGAAUGCGGAGAAUCUGAGCUGUGUAGAAUGGAACUUUUAUAGCUAUAGGAGAUACACUAGUGCUCUAGAACUGAAUUUUGUGCAAGUGAUGUAAAGUUCCUGAUUUUGACGGGUUGAAACUGUCAUGUAUUAUGGUUAGAGAUGCGCCUUGUGAUAAAUAUUGGAAUCAGGAAUUUAGGUUUACUGUCUAAGCAAAUAGAUUAUCUUACUCUGGAGGUCUUGCUGUUUAAGAUUCAUUGAGAUAUUUUCAGUAGAAGUUUGGUAACUUAUGUCUAAGAUGUUUACCGUUUCGUGGCUGACUUUCCCUUUUGGAACUAGGGAAGGCGAUACCUUAGCAAGUUUGUUUUUGAGAAGGCAUACCGUAG